CACUGGCGUGUCGUACAUGUGGGUUUGACAUUCGGUAGACUAUGCUGAUCACUGAUCACGGCCCCCGCUCAAAGGAGAUUCCCAAUAGUUAAGAGCAAUACAGAGGGGUUUUCCUCGGAAGCAAUAUCAUCCCACGCAAUUAGGAGCCGAGAUUCCUGCAAAACAAUCCCACAUCAGCUCGUAAUCCAUCUAGAAUCGUCGUGUAUAGCAGCAGGAGCCAUGUCUGUAGCUGGGUUUAAGAAACAGUUCCACAAAGCGACUCAGAGGGUGAGUGAGAAGGUUGGGGGAGCAGAGGGGACUAAACAUGAUGAUGACUUCACUGAAAUGGAGAAGAAGGUGGACACCACCAGUAGGGCGGUGAUGGACAUUAUGACCAAGACCACUGAGUAUCUGCAGCCCAACCCAGCCUCCAGAGCCAAGAUGACCAUGAUCAACUCCAUGUCUAAGAUGCGUGGCCAGGAGAAGGGUCUGGGCUACAUCCAGACCGAGACCGUCCUGGGAGAGUCCAUGCAGAAGUUUGGCAGGGAGCUCGGGGAAGAGUCCAACUUUGGCCUGGCUCUGAUCGAUGCUGGGGAGUCCAUGCGUGAGCUGGGGGAGGUGAAGGACGCUCUCGACAUGGAGGUCAAGCAGAACUUCCUGGACCCGCUGCAGACCCUCCACGACAAAGACCUCAAGGAGAUUGCGCAUCACCUGAAGAAACUGGAAGGCCGCCGUCUGGACUUCGACUACAAGAAGAAGCGUCAGGGCAAGGUGACGGACGACGAGAUCAAACAGGCUCUGGAGAAGUUUGACGAUACCAAGGAGAUCGCUGAGCUCAGCAUGUUCAACCUGUUGGAGAGUGAUAUUGAACAGGUGAGCCAGCUAGCCGCGCUGGUCCAAGCCCAGGUGGAGUACCAUCGUCAGUGUGCUGAGAUCCUCACCCAGCUGCAGUCCAAGAUGGAGGACCGGAUAAGGGAUUCCUCCAACAAGCCCAAGAAAGAAUUCAUACCUAAGCCGCGUCAGUCCUUGGACCUCUCUAGUGAAAACCACAAUGGAGCCAUCCAAGGAUCCAGGUCCCCAGCAACAAGGUCUCCAGCAAGGUCUCCAGCAAGGUCUCCAGCAAGGUCUCCAGCUCCCCUAGACCAGCCAUCCUGCAGGGCGCUGUAUGACUUUGACCCCGAGAACGAGGGCGAGCUGGGCUUCAAGGAGGGGGACAUCAUCACUCUCACCAACAAGAUCGACGACAACUGGUACGAGGGCAUGAUCCACGGCAGCUCUGGAUUCUUCCCCGUCAACUACGUGGAUAUCCUGGUGCCCCUGCCCUAAAGUCGUUGCCACGGCAACGGCGAAUCAGCAGCAGCAGUUUUCCCAGGCGACAAAUCUUAAUCCCUGCAUCCCCAGCUCCCGCCACCCCCAAAUAUUCCCGGAAGCCCUCCCUUUCACUCCGCUAAAAAGGAGAUCUAACUACAAUGAAGAUAUGAUGACGAAAUCAACAACAGCAUGGUGUCACGCCAACGAGUGCUAACGAAACAGACUUUUGAAAAAAAAAUACGAAAAAUAAGCAAUGAUGCCGUUUUGAAUGCCAUCGUGGACAUUUACCAUCAAACCAAUAAAAUGCUAUGGUUGUUUUUUCUUUUAUUUCCAAAAAGAGUAUUUCUCGGUUUUGUCCUCAAGUUGUUUUUUCCUUCAGGAGCUUCUACAGUUCCUCAAUCCUUGUCUUUCCUGGCUUCAUCUAGGUUUACAUUGGCUGCGUGUCUUUCAAAAUGGCCGUUACUAUCCUUCUCUGUACUUUGUGGAAACUUCUAGACUAGCAUAAUUUCAUCAUCGUCACAUAUUGUAGGCUACUAUUUCUGGGCGGUUAUCUGGUCCGUUAGAUCACGUUUAGGUCAUGUUUCACACUUUGUUAGACACUGUAGGUCAGGCAUGUUUUAGUGUUUUAUCAGAUUUACUUCUUCUAAGUACGUUCAAGCUAAAUAUAUGUUUUUCCCGUUUGAAAAGGGUAGCCUUCUGUUUGCAUGCAUGGAUUGUUUCCUAGAGAGACCGUGUCCAUUUCAUGCUAAACAACAGAUGUAUGUUUAUGACGGAGGGGAUAUCGUUUGAUGUGUCUUUUCAUACAGACCUAAACUGAGAGUGAGGUAUGUAAGGAUUCAGUGUGAUUUAAUCAAGGCACCAUAGUUAGACCAAACUGGCCACCUAUGCAGGAGGGUAGGCCUACAGCAGGGCUGAGUGGUGUCAAUGGCAAAUCUACUCGCUUUUCUAUCCGAGGGUGUAGUUUGUUUGCGAUCUACAUUGUUUUGUUGCCAUUCUAUAUCACACAAGUCCUCUGUGUGAUUUAGGUAUGCCUCAUGAUUACAUCUAGUGUAUUUCAGUCAAUGGUUAUAAAUUGGCGAUGAAUAUUUACGGAAACAAAAGACUAAAUUGUGUAGUUCAAUUGUUUUCUAAGUGGCGUAUAAGCAAAAACUGGAACCGUUUCCAUAAUAUGAAAUAAUGUUUAAAAAAUCUUCUCAGUGUGUAUUUUACCAAUGACGUGGAAAUAUUUGUGAAAAUGGUUGCUGUAUUGUGCUAUUUCAUAUAGGAGUUGACCGCUUAUCGGUUUAGCCUUAUUUUCUUCAACCGUUGGCGAAGUUGUUUUCACUGUAUCAGAAUGUCCUUUAGUCAGAUAAACAAAUAACACUAUAUUGAAGACUAUAAGUCAUGGAAUCUGAUAGGACUAGCUUUAGCUGAUCAUGCUCACAGACAACUACUGUAUUACGAGGCCAAUGGAAUACACAAGCAAUGCUGUCUCAAUCAGAAAAGGGAACAUUUUAUAAAAAGUGAUCACGGUACCAUAUUUAAUUCAAAGAUACUAACAUCAAUAACCAGAUGCAAAUUCCCUACCCCUUUGUAUCUUACACUUUGUCUAAAUGUUGUCAGGCAAUCUAGGCAACUUCUCUCUGUCAGGAGUCUCGGUCUGAAAUAACCCAUUCAUACGGUAUGUGUUGCUCUUACUGGUCCAUACUGUAUUUCUGUUUACUGAAGGUUCUGAGGAUCCUUAGUCCCUGUCCCUUGUUGAUUGUUCUUCCCUUGUCAUAUCCCAGGAAUGGAUGGCCGCACUUGUAACAAUACACAAUAUAAGGUACCACAGCAGCAGACUGUUGCAUAUAACAAUAAUCAUCAUUUGGUGGGAACAAGUGUGUAUUAAUAUGCAUGUGUGAGUUGGAAAUGUGUUUUUGGCAUAUCCCACUCUCCCUGAAACGCCCUGGGAGAGUGGGGUCACGGCCAGAGUCUACUAAAGCAAUUGGAUACUACUGUACACUCCAAACUCUGGCCUAUGGAUCUAUCUAGGUUUUCUCCAGCAUUUUGAGGACUUCAUUCUCAGUGGUUUUCCCUUCUGCAAAUCCAAUGUGAAACUGUAUGUGUGUAACAGACAGGGCAAUAAGUGUUUCACCCAUUUAUCGUGGUUGUGUGACUGGGUGGGUGUGGUUUGGUUGGGCCGAGGUUGGUAUGUGUUUUGUGAAGGGAGAAGGGGUUGUAUGCGCCACGGGUGGUUUGGUCUACUGUGGUUUGUAUCUAUGAAGUGUACAUUUUCUAUUUUUUCUGUCAGUAUUAUUUUUCCUUCAUUGAAAUCCUCCUGGACGUCUAUUUGAUAAAGGACCGAUACAGUAUAGCGCAAUGAUACUAUUGAUGAAGCUGAACCAACCGAAAACCCAUCUAUAGUGUUUUUUUUUUUAAAGGGAAGCGCAACUUGAAACAGUGUCGUUUGUUGGCAGAAUAAGCAGAUUCAGAUUGGAACUGGCUGUGCGUUCAAGUUUUUUAAAAGGCUAUAUAUUUCCUUCAUUUUCUUUUCUCUAUCUUUUUUUAAAACAAUUAUCGUGUGUAUCUUUGCCCUCAAUGAGGACUGUACAGCUUUUCAGUGAUUUGUUUUCACCGUGUGUGUGUGUAGUAGCGCAUCUACGGUAUCGUAUUUUAUUUUUGUAACUGUGAUAAAGUAUAUGCAUAUAUAUACAGUAAUUAUAUAGAACUAUUGUGAUUCGAGGGAUUGUUUGUGCUGCACACAAUUGUCGUUUUUGGAUUCUUUGUUUGUUUUGGUUUCAUCCCUUGCACCGGAUUACAAGACAAUAUGCUUGAUGUUAAAAAUGACUAAAAUAUCUCAAUGUAAUUUAUUCAAAUAAACAACAAAGUUAGA